AUGUACCGCUUGGCACAUGACAACAACCCGGACCAUCACCUUCCUCAUCCUGCUUUGCCGACUCCAUAUACUUGGUAUCCUCAGUAUUGUCAUAAGACAACUUCGUCCAUCCCAGUAGUAAAGCCGUCAACCAUUUCCCCAAUGCUAGCAGCAGCAGAUACCCUGCCUAACGUUGAACAACUUUGA